AGCACCGAGGUCCAUAUACUCUCCGGUGCCUCGGACUUUCAGAAGUUUAUCCUUCAGAAGGGUACACCCUUACCACAGACAGACGAUACGUUCGAUUUUGCUGUGGGAGACUGGAAUCAGGAUGGAAAACCUGACUUGUUUGCCAUCAAAAAGAGCAAUACUGACUCCACAAGCACCGAGACGAUACGUUAA